AUGGCAAGGAUUAAAAAGUCCGUUGUGACUGCCCAGAAGCCAUUUCCAAUUCUCAGCCUGCCUCCAGAAAUUCGCAACCACAUCUGGAGAUAUGCUGUUGUCAAGGACGAAAAUGUCACUGUCCGGCCACAUGGGCGUCAGGAAUCCAUCCAGGGUCUAGUACCGAGCUGCUUGCGAUCUGGCAGAGAACUCCAGCGGCAUCGGGAAGACGAUGAGCGAAGGACCAAUUCGACGCCACUUGCACUCGCUUUCACCUCCCGGCAGCUCUAUCUAGAGGUGACUCCAAUCUACUACAGCGAGAAUAGCUUUUACUUCCCAAACUCAUGGUAUUGCAUUUCAGCGGAAUCAACGCUCGAAAAUUUCACGGCAGCUAUUGGACCUCAAAAUGCUAGCAACAUCACUGUCGCCUAUUUCGACACGCUCGCUUGCCCCUUGAAUCAAUACCUUUCUGUGCUUACCGGUCUCAAGCAGCUCACAGUCUACCCACCUCCCUGUGCUUUUGUUUCUACACCCUACAUCACAUUAUGGCGCUCUCAGAUGAGCAGGUACGCUCAGAGUCACGCGUCAGUCGUCAUCAAGCAUCUUGAAAACAUGGAGGGUGCAAGAUUGAGCUUCCUAUGCAAAACACCGAGAGAUUCUAGAGGGAUGACGUGGAAAGUAGCGUUAGCAAUGCCAGCUCCAAGAGCUACAGUAUUAGCAUCCUUCAAGACAGCUCGUUCCCCUAAGCUGUGCCAACCUAUCUAG